AUGAAUGAUUCUUUGAACGACAGCACCACCUUAUCCGCCAACAUCUCAGUAGAAGAUUGUUCUCUCCCUGUAGCUCAUGGCAUCGCUCUUAUUUCCACAAAUGCUUUCGUGGGGUUGUUUGGAACACUUGGUAACCUACUGGUUUGCUUGGCAGUUGUCAUAUAUCCUCGCUUACGCAGACCAUCCAACUACCUUCUGUUCAGUUUGGCCAUCGCUGAUUUGAUUGUCACCAUGGCGUGCGAGCCCCUUGUUGUGGCAAUCUUCACUAAAAGGACGUUCUUCAACGACUGUGCACCAGACUUGGAACUCCCAUACGUGAUUUUAUCUAUGCUUUCGUGCUCUGCUUCUGUACUACAUAUGGCGGCAAUCAGCAUCGAUCGUUUCAUCGCAGUUGUGUUUCCCCUGCACCACAGAGCCAUGUCAGAUACCUUCGGAUUAAAAGCAAUGUUGAUAACGUGUUGGGCAUAUCCAAUCUCAGUUCCCAUCUUAAGCGCCGUUGUUCCACCAACCUUUCCAAAAGAUAUUUUUGCUUUGUUGAUGUUUGCAAUCAGUUACGGAAUUAUUUUCUUGUCUUACUCACUUAUCGUGAUUUCCCUCGUCAGACAUAAAAGACAAGAAAAGCAACUUGAAAUGCGCCGAAAUAGUAAUGCUAGUCAUCAGACUCACGUUGAAAUCCGAGUGGCCUCCACCCUUGGGAUCGUAAUUCUUGUUUUCACAGCAUGUUGGCUUCCGUUCGUCGUAGUGCUUUAUGCAACAGGACGCCUUUUGAUCAAGAAGCACGGAGUUGCCUAUAUGUGGAUCAGGACCUUGGCUCUUUCAAACUCUGCCAUUAACUUCUCUAUAUAUGGUUCAAGAAUGCAGAACUUCCGUGAAGCGUUCUCUGCAACUGGACGAAAAGUUCUGGGUGCUUUCACUAGACAAUGUUCCCGGACCCAAGUGUACGAUUUGAACGUAAGCAAGACCCAGUCCUCUAGUUCGAGAUGA